AAAUAUAUAUAAUCGCCACAAAUAAUAAAUAAUAAAAAAGAAAAGCACUACGUAGUGACUCCUGACAAGGUUUGACGAGUGAGAGAGAGCCAAGAAGAAGAAGAAGGAUUCUCUUCUUUCGUAAAAGCCUUCUCUCUCGUUUGUAACGCCGAUUAAGAAUGGCUUCAGAUCCAAAGGUGCACAAAUUCGAAGAAGUGGCUCAGCAUAACAAGACCAAGGAUUGUUGGCUUAUUAUUUCGGGAAAGGUGUACGAUGUUACUCCAUUUAUGGAUGAUCAUCCCGGAGGAGAUGAAGUGCUGCUGUCAGCUACUGGGAAAGAUGCAACCAAUGAUUUCGAAGAUGUAGGCCACAGUGAUUCAGCUAGAGAUAUGAUGGAGAAGUACUACAUUGGGGAGGUUGAUGCAUCAACUGUUCCACUAAAACGAACCUACAUUCCACCACAGCAAGCUCCAUACAAUCCUGAUAAGACGCCCGAGUUUUUGAUCAAAAUUUUGCAGUUCUUAGUUCCCCUUUUAAUCUUGGGUUUAGCAUUCGCCGUCCGACACUUCACCAAGAAGGAAUAGGUUCAAAACUAUAGAGAACGGCAGUCUUAGUAGUAUUUGAGUAUCUGUGUAUUUGGAACAAGGACAGUGUUAUUUUUGCAGCCGUGUUUAUGUGCUCUUCUGAUCAAUUGAGUCUGUUGGAGUCAAUUAGUUUCUGUUUUCUAUGUUCUUUAAUUUAGUUCAAUUUAGUUGGAACUAAUAACUUAUAAGCACAAGUGUGCUUUGUUUCAUUGUUUAUUUUUGUUUUCCUUAAUGAAUAUGGAACUUAAGUUA